AAGACCUCGGGCGGGCGGGUGGCGGCCGCCGGGGAAAGAGCGGGCGUGCGGACCGUACAGGCAGAGAGCGCGGCCCGGCAAGGGGACAGGCAGAGCCAUAGCUCCGCCGGAAGAUUGGAAAGGCGGCCUCAGCGCGAGCAUCUGCACGGUCCCUGCGCCCAGACUUAGCAGGAGCCCUCAACGCGCGCCGGGCAGAGCUCGCCCAUGAAGCCGCCCGCCACGCAGGGCAGCCCCGCGGCUGCCGCGGCCGCAGCCCCAGCCUUGGAUUCGGCGGCCGCCGGGGACCUGACCGACGCGCUGUGCGAGUUUGAUGCGGUGCUGGCCGACUUCGCGUCGCCCUUCCACGAGCGCCACUUCCACUACGAGGAGCAUCUGGAGCGCAUGAAGCGGCGCAGCAGCGCCAGCGUUAGCGACAGCAGCGGCUUCAGCGACUCCGAGAGUGCUGAUUCGCUUUAUAGGAACAGCUUCAGCUUCAGUGAUGAAAAACUGAACUCUCCAACAGACAGCACUCCCUCUCUGCUCUCUCCCACCGUCCCUCCCCGGAAAGCCAAACUGGGAGACACGAAGGAGCUCGAAGACUUUAUUGCUGAUCUUGACAGAACAUUAGCAAGUAUGUGAAAUAAGAUGUUCUGGGUCCUUUCAUCAUAAGGGAGAAGCUUCAGAGAUCUCUGAGGACCUGAUACAAUCAGCUACAGAAUUUGCUGCUGGAGGGGACAGAGAUGCGGCUCACCUACCCCCAGGCCAUUCUCAGGCUUAAACACCUUUGGGCUCAUCUCUGGGCAAGUUAGAAACUGCCUUUGUUUACCUGCUUGCAGCGUAUUAGAACAGACGAUUCCUGCUAAUAUUGUAUUUUCUCUUAAAACAGCUUUUCUGUAAUUUAAAAUGCUUUUAUGAAAAUAUUUGUAAUUAAUUAUAUAUAGUUGGAAACAGUAAUAUGCUUUUCCCAUUUUAAUAUAUUUUUGUAUGCAAAUAAAGUUUGAACUGGA